UCCCCUCCCCCCUCCUUCCCCUCCCCGACCCGGAUCCGGAUCCGCCAUGUGCCCGCGUGCUCGCGUGCUCGCGGCGCUCCGUGUCUACGCGGCGGGGCUCGCCCUGCUGCUCCUGCAGCUGCUGCGUCGCUGUCGCGGGGGCUUCGCGCGUCCAGCUUUCUGCCGACAACCGGACCGCGUGGCCGUGGUGACCGGCGGGACGGAUGGCAUCGGCUACUCCACGGCCAAGCAGCUGGCCGGGCUCGGCAUGCGCGUGGUCAUAGCUGGAAAUAACAGCGACCGAGGCCGGGAAGCGGUGCGCGGGAUCCAGGAGGAAACGCCGAACGCCCAUGUUGAAUUCUUACACUGCGAUCUGGCGUCCAUGAGGUGCAUCCGGCAGUUCGUGCAGAAGUUCAAGAGCAAGGGGCUCCCCCUCCACGUGCUCGUCAACAACGCGGGCGUCAUGAUGGUGCCUCAGCGGGAGACCGAGGACGGCUUCGAGGAGCACUUCGGCCUGAACUACUUGGGACAUUUCCUGCUCACCAACCUCCUCCUGGACAGCCUGCGCCAGGCCGCGGCCCCGGGGCGCGGCUCCCGGGUGGUCACCGUGUCCUCCGCCACGCACUACGUGGCCCGGCUCAACCUGGAGGACCUGCAGGGCAGCACCUGCUACUCCCCGCACGGCGCGUACGCCCAGAGCAAGCUGUCCCUGGUCCUUUUCUCGUACCAUCUCCAGAGGCUGCUGGACGCCGAGGGCAGCCACGUGACCGCCAACGUGGUGGACCCCGGGGUGGUGGACACCAACCUCUACCAGCACGUGUUCUGGGGCACCCGGCUGGUGCAGCGGCUCCUGGGCUGGCUCAUCUUCAAGGCGCCUUCUGCAUCCUCCUGUUGUUCUCAAACCCCCGCCGUGUCUUUUCUUCUGCAUGAAAGGCCUGAGUGUCCCCCAGCACCCCUGGGGGUCCCCCCUCCCUGCAGAGCCUGAUUGCAAACAGACUGACACACAGAGAUGGAGCCGGCGGACAGGGAGCUGCAAAGGCCGCCUGCUGUCCCCCGUCUGCACCAGCUCAGAGCUGCUGCCAAUUCCUGCAGAGACGCUCUCGGGGCCGCAGGCUCAUCUGGGCGUCGGCAGCCGGACAAGUGAGCCCCGAGCUCAGCGAGACGCUCCGGAGGGAGCCCGCCAGCCACGGGGUGCAAACAUCGGGAACCGAUGGGGAGGAGAGACGCCCACAUCAUGGGGGCCGGGAAACAGGGAGAGAAGGGAGGAGCCGGGACCAGAGCUCACCCUCCAGGUCCUCCCCGGUGCCCACGUCCUGCACAUGGUCAGCCUGGACCUCAGCCCUGGACGUGUCCACUAUGGAGCCAGCGCCCGGCAUCCGCCCCCUUCUCAGCUGGUCCUGCCCAGUGUGCUGCUGAGCAUUCCCAAGCCCGUGCUGGGGGAGGCUGAGGCGGGAGGAUCUCGAGUCCCAGCCCAGCCGGGCUUUUACCACAGUAGGGAGACACGGCCUCAACAUGGACAAGGAAAGCGGGGCUGGGUUGCAGCCCAGCACAGGGCUGGCGUCCCUCCCCGAAGCCCGGCCCUGUAGGAGGCCAUGCAGGAGGAAGGCCCGCCCCGGGGAGCCCCGGUGAAGGGAGGAGCUGGGGUGAAGCCAGGCUGGUGUGGAACUCACAGAGACCCUCCUGCCUCGGCCUCCCGAGUGCUGCCAUGACAGGCGUGCGCCCCACGCCCGGCCACAUGGCGGGGUUUUCAUGGGGCCGCUGGGUGCAACCUUCCCACAAGAGGCCAGAGCAGCCCCACAGCGGCGUCCGGGUGGCGUCCGGCUUCCGUCCAGCUCUUGACCUGCACAGUUUGCAGCCCGGGGAGCUAGCGGGCCUCAUUAGUGGUCCUGAUUAUGGGUCCAAUGGCGGAAAGCCGGGUUGCGCCCGUUUAUGUAACUUUUAGCCUGGCAAACGCGAGGUCAUGAAUUCAAUCCCGGUACCAAUAAAAAAAAGCGUUGCAGACAGAUUCAUACCGCAGGACAGAGCUUGUAACGUGGCACGACGGCCGCUCAAAACCGAGCCUGGUUGCAAGCACGGGAACGCGAGCCACGGAACACGAGGCCACGUUUACCAAGCCACGCGCCCGACACGAGAUCCUGCUACGUGACAGCACACGGAUGGAUCUGGGGAUCACAAAGACAAAUAUCGCCUGCCGUUUCUGAUACGUAGAAGCUAAAAGAGAUGAGAAAGCAGGAGGCAGAAAGAGCUCGGAAGAGGGGAGGCCGUAGCAGGCAGGAGGAAAGGCGGGUAAUAAAGUGAAUAAAUAAAGUCAAA